GGCACUUCCGGUUAGUCUUCUCAGAGGGUAAUUUCCAUUUAUGUUAUUUUAUGUUGCUUUCAAGAAGCAGAUCAAUUCUAGCAAGGAAUAACGAAACAUUUUUAUUCAUUUUUUAUUUCUUCCCCUUCGAAAAAACAAGCACCAAGUAAUAUAACAAAGUAAUAUAACGAGAGACAAGUGUUGCAUCCAGUUGUGGAACUUCUCACACAUCUCACUUAGUUGGAAGAAACCUGAAAUAAACCAGAAGUGUGUGUCAACACUUUCAUCUCCAUCCCUCCAGCGUCAGUAGGAUCAGUCCAACAGGUCCUCACCUACAGUGAUUUAUUUAGUUGUGGUGUCAACAUCAACUCUGGAAUGGAGGAUUAUCAGCUGCCAGUGAUCUGUCUCCUGACUCUCCUCUCUGUCUGCAGUGCGCAGUAUGAUGUCCAGGUUCUUGGCCAGUCAGAACCAAUUUUAGGCAUCGUAGGUGAUGAUGUCAUCCUCCCUUUUUCUCUGAGAACCACCAUCGGAACCGUCAGCGCUGUUGGUGAAUCAGUGGAGUGGCAGAGACCUGACCUCAAACCUAAAGAGGUGCAUUUCUACCGUAGCCAAGAAGACUAUAAUGAAGACCAGAAUAACAACUUCAAAGGAAGGACGUCGCUGUUUAAAGAAGAAAUGAAGAACGGGAACAUCUCCUUAAAACUGUCCGGAGUGAAACUCUCUGAUGCUGGAAACUACACCUGCUUUGUUCCAACACUAAGAGGUUCUUUUCAGAAAGACUCUGUUCAACUCAUUGUUGGUGCAGCAUCUAAACCACGGGUCACUAUUGUGGGUGUUGAUCCCAUGGGUGUCAUCCUGGAGUGUGAGGCUGGAGGGUUGAUCUACAAACCCGAGACGACCUGGCUGGACAGUGAUGGAAACAUCCUCCCUGGUGGAUCUACAGAGACAGGGACAGACUCAGAUGGUCGCCACAGUGUGAGAGGACAUGUGACCAUCCAGAAGACUGACAACAACAUGUUCACCUGUAGAGUUCAACAGCAGCAGAUCAACCACAAGAUGGAGACAGAAAUUAAUGUCACAGAUCGAAUGUUUCCUGAGCCAUGCCAGUCCUGGUUGUCUGGGUUUCUGAUCGGUGGUCUGAUCGGUGGUCUGAUCGGUGGUCUUGUUUUAUUGAUUGUUGUAGUUGUAGUUCUCUGCAUCCUGAAGAGUAAAGGUCUACUGCACUGGGGAAGAGGAGUAUUAAACAGGAAUCCACAGCAGAAUGGGAAUCCACUGUUGUGAGGGAAGGAGAAUGGGAAUGCACAGCCCAAUGGGAAUCUGCAGAAUGGCACCAUGAGUGUGAUGUUGAUGCCUGGACAUGACUGAGGGAAAUGAGCAGGAGUGCUGAUAUUGGUUGAUCACGUGGUGGAAUUGAACAGUUAUUGACUGGAGACACGUCAACCAUAAUGACACACAUCAACCUCCACUACGGACUACCUGAAUCUCAUUGGAGGGCUGAGCCUGCGUCCGGGGGGUUGCAGCACCUCUACUUCUCAUGUCUGGGAAGGCUGGUUACUUAAAAUGUGAAUGACUUAUAGACUUGCUACAGCCCUGUUUUUUACAUAAUGGACCCAGUUACACACAGAAGGUUCUGUACUGAAUAAUACAAUACAUAAACUGUCAGGGAAUUCAACCAUCCUGGGACACAGAAGGCAGAUUCCUGACAGGACUGUGGACCUGUAGAAUGAUGCCUUAACCUAACCAGCUCUGCAUUACAUACCUGCAUCUCACUUUUCUAUCCUUGUGAAUAUGGAAACCCUAACUGGCCUUAUUCCAAACUGCAUUGGUAUUUUUAUGUGUAGCACCUUUGUACAGACAUAUUUUUUAUUAGAAUUGGUGUAGAAUUCAUCUGUGUAAACUGUAUAACCAAGUGUUGUACUGUGAACAAGUCAGUUCAACUUCAGGGAUGUCAAUCUGUCCAGUUAGGAAGCAUAAGCGAUUGUGAAUCAAUGUUUUAGUGCAAAUGAAAGUGACAACAGGUGAGGCAACAGCAAGAAAACUCCCAAAAUGGGAAUGGUUUUGCAGGUGGUGGCCACAGACCACUAUUGCUUUCUCUUUAUCCUUUCUGCAUUUUGCUAGUGUCCUUGUCACUCCUGGUAGCAUAAGGUGGUACCUGCAGCCCAUUCAGGUCGCACAGGUAG